AUAGCCGAGAAGAUGUCUCAUGUCGUAAAGAAAAGAAAAUUGGAUAAAACCCGACAGGACAGGCUGUACUUUGACAGCUACACUGAUGUAACUAUCCACGAGGAAAUGAUAGCGGACCACGUCCGCACCAACACGUACCGGAUGGCGAUACUGAGGAACAGUGAGUCCAUACGGGGUAAAGUUGUACUGGACGUCGGGGCAGGAACCGGCGUUUUAAGCAUGUUCUGUGUUCAAGCCGGUGCUAAGAAAGUGUACGCUGUUGAAGCCUGCUCCAUCGCCGAGCAGGCUGUGAAAAUAGUCACACAGAACAAUAUGGAGGACAAAAUUGAGGUUAUUCGAGGCACGGUGGAGACGGUGGACCUACCGGAGAUGGUGGAGGUGAUAGUGAGCGAGUGGAUGGGGUAUGCCCUCCUGCACGAGUCCAUGCUCAACUCGGUCCUCUACGCACGCGACAAGUGGCUGAAGCCGGGUGGCAUCAUCCUACCGAGCAAAGCCGAGCUGUUCAUCGCACCCAUCAGCGACCCGGUGGUGGAGGACCGCUUACAUUUCUGGUAUACCGUCAAAGACCAGUACGGCGUCGACAUGUCCUGCAUGUCCGACUUCGCCAGGAGGUGCAUCAUGAACUCCGACAUCACCGUGAACUCGGUGACCGUUGAAGACGUGCUCUCCCACCCGGCCCGCUUCGCCGAGCUCGACUUGUAUUCGGUCACCGUGGAGGAGCUGCGGUCGGUGAAGGGCAAGUUCCGGUGCGAGUCGUUCGGCUCGGCGGCGGUGAACGCUUUCUGUGUUUACUUCACGGUUACUUUCCCCUGCCCGGACAAGCCGCAAGCGCUCGUGCUCUCCACCUCCCCGUUCAAACCGGAGACGCACUGGAAGCAGGCGGUGCUGUACCUGGACGCUCCGGUGGAUGUGGUGCAGGACACAGUGGUUACCGGAGAGAUCAGCAUGUUUCCCUCGGAGGAAAGCGCCAGACAUAUAUGUAUCCAUGUGGACUACACGAUAGGAGAGCAGAAAAGACAAUCCAAGACUUUUUCCAUCCCUGACUGGAGCAGCGAAGCUCAGUCAUAGUUCAGCAUCAACAUUUAGUGUUAUAGUUUAUUCACCAGGCAGCACACUCAGACCCUUCGAUUAUUAUCUGUCACUAAGAUUCCCAAACCUGCUCACUGAGUUUUGGAAGUGGAGCAAUGACUGUGUGGUGCUUAAUGAUCUAAAGGCUAUGAUGCAACUAUGAUACAAAUGCAUGAUGGGCCUGCAGCUAACAUACUCAAUAGGUUUUGACCCAUCUCUCUAGGCUAAAUCAUAGUGCAUUUUUGGAGCAGACACAAACACCACUGAGUGUGUUGUUUAUGUUACAUGUUCAUAGUUUGGAGUCGUUUAUGUCUUGUUCAAGCUUGUUUUUAGGCCUAAUAUAAUAAUACACCUAAAUUGUAGAAGAAAUAAAUGCAUAUCCUUAACACCUUUCAUAUGCAUUUUUUUCACUCAAUGAGACCAAUAUAAGGUUA